UCUGAUUAGAGGUCUUGGCGAGGAGACGGAAGAUGAACUACAAAUCCCAGACUGCAUGACGAGCGCAGGCGCCGUGAAGCCUGGAGCAGGGAGAUCCUCUGCCGUGUGAGGUAUUGCAACCGGCUCGACCAUAUGGUCUUCAACCAGUCCAGGAAUAUAUGAUUCAAUGUCUCGCCCGGGAGAAGAACGAACGAGGGAGAGCUUGUUGCAGUUCCACCACACGCACUGGAGUUUUCAAGGGUUUGUACCCACAAAAACAAAAACAGUUUCGCGAUUAUUUUAAUUGUUGAUGCCACGUGUAGAAGAAUUAAUCCUACUGCAAACAAUAUGAGAGCUGAUUGGCAGAUGUAAUUAGUCAAGGGUGCGUGAAUAUUGCAGAGUAUAAAUCUUGGCCGUCAGCCGCUCGACUGAAAUGAACACAUUUCACGCUAGGAUCAGAAUCUCAAGGAGUAGUUUCACAUUUGCAUAUUGAGGACUAGGAAGACAAUGCUCACCAGUUUGAUGGAUUCAUUUUGAAGAAGAAGAUAAAAGAAUCAGAUGGUACGGGAACAAUACCUGACAACGCAAGGCAGUAGCCUACAAAGACCUGAGAAUCAAUAUGUCUACAAGAUUGGAAUCUAUGGCUGGAGAAAGCGCUGCCUUUAUUUAUUUGUGCUGCUGCUUCUCAUUAUCCUGGUGGUGAAUUUUGCAUUAACAAUCUGGAUUCUCAAAGUGAUGUGGUUUUCCACAGAUGGAAUGGGACACCUGAGAGUUACGGAAAAUGGGAUUCGACUGGAGGGAGAGUCGGAGUUUCUUUUCCCUUUGUACGCCAAAGAAAUCCGUUCCAGAACGGAUUCUCCUUUGCUUGUGGAUUCUUCCCAAAACGUGACGAUUAAUGCUCGUGAUUCUAAUGGACAUGUGACUGGCAGAUUAACCAUGGGUCCCAACACACUGCAAGCCCAUGGAAAACAUUUUGAGGUCCUCUCAAACACAGGCAGAAUGCUGUUUUCGGCAGCGGAGAAGGAGGUGGUGGUUGGCGCGGACAGACUACGAGUCACAGGGACGGAAGGUGCUAUAUUUGAACACUCGGUGGAGACCCCAGUCGUCAGGGCUGAACCUUUCAAGCAGCUUCGAUUAGAAUCUCCAACUCGUUGUCUGAGCAUUGAUGCACCAAAAGGUGUUCAGAUCAAAGCAAGAGCUGGGAAUAUUGAAGCUUCUUCACAGAGGGACAUCGUGUUGCAUACCAGUGAAGGAACGGUGGUGCUGGAUGCAGAGACGGUGAAACUGCCCAAGCUGCCUCACGGGUCACAGGGAGGACCGGGACGUUCUCAGGGACUGUACGAGGUGUGCGUGUGUCCGGAUGGAAUGCUCUACCUGUCCGUGGCUGGGGUCGGCUCCACCUGCCAGGAAUACAGUCGGGUCUGCCAGUGAGCAGCGCGGCUUCUUCCCGACCCCCUUCCGCGCUCCCGACCCCUCGCCCCCGCUGCUUCCUGAAAACAGCUCCCAAAAUAAACGCAGCUGCAAGAGUCCGUGCCGUAGCAUCACGCAGAAUGCCGUGAAAGACCUCCAUCCAUGAGCACGUCUUAUGACCCGAGAUAUUAAACCGAAACCCCUGACUACCCUCGAAAAACAAUCUGCUUACAAAUGGACAAAAAAAAAAGAGCACAAUUCAGAACGUUCAUUUCAACUCCAACGGUGGAUGCGAAGAGUGGCUUGGGCUCAAUUGUCUUUGGUGCAGGGACAACUUUAUUUAAAGCCCCACAUAAUGGAUUGGAAUGAGAUUUAGUACAGUUUCUCAGCUCCUAUAUCGUAACAUUUUUUUAUAGGAAAGAAUUAUGGUCUCUGAAUUACAGAUCAAUAUUUUCUAAUCGUGCAUCAGUCUGACCUCUACAUCUACCAACUUACGCUGAUCCGAGCAAUUCAUUUUUUAAUGAUAAAAGUACAUUGUAUUUAAUUACAUUUUGAUACAUUUAACAGCAGAGACUGGGGUGAUUUUGACCUGUGUCUGCUAGAUCUCUAUGCAAUAACUCUUUUUCUUUUACUGCAAUAACAUUUGAACGACAAGAGCUGUGCUUUUUUGUACAAAACUACGAUAUGGAAUAAAAUAUCCAAAGUUUGUAAAAUCUGUAUGUGAACCACAGUAUUAAAGCUACAGUCCCCUUUCUUAGUCUUUUUUAUAAAGCUAUGUUGAAAUGUUUAAAAAUAAAAUUACGCUUACCCUA